AAGACGAACUAGCAGUUGUUCAGAAAAAAGGGGGACGAAGUUGUUCGCUCCGCGAUUCCCCACCGCCCAUUACGCCGGUGAAGGAUGCCCAACGGUGCGUCGCCCCCUUCCGCGCCGGCGGAGACGCUUGUUCGGUGACCGUACCUCGAUAGUUGCCAUCAGCCCAUCACUCUACUCAUUAUUAAUCUGCUGCCAUGACGACGCUGCUGCCGCAAACCGCCCGGGCCUCCCGGUCUCCGGUGAGCUCGCAGAUACUCGCCUCCGCCGCGCGCGAGGAGGCAUGCUUCCUCGCCACGGUUUCAUAAGCAUCGACUGUGGAUAUACUGCAAACCAGACCUACACAGAUAGCAGGACAGGCAUAUCAUAUGCAAGCGAUGAGGGUUACAUUGAUGCAGGACUGAUCCACCCUGUUGAUAAAAGUAAUCUGCAGACUGACCUUGCAGACCGAUACCUUAACCUUUGCUUCUUUCCCAGUGGAGAGCGUAACUGCUACACGCUGCGGUUCUUUACACUGGGUGGCAAGUACCUUGUCAGGGCUGCAUUUGGCUAUGGUGACUAUGAUAAACUAAACAAAAAUCCUACCUUUGAUCUCUAUUUUGGGGUCAAUUACUGGACAACAGUGACCAUUGUCAGUUCCAGUACAGCAUAUGUGUUUGAGAUAAUUGCCGUGUGCCCUGCCGACUUCCUACAAAUUUGCUUGGUGAAUAAAGGAUCGGGAACUCCUUUCAUCUCAGGGCUUGACUUGAGGUCACUGACAUCAGAUCUUUAUCUGGAGGCCAAUGUGACACAGUCUCUGGUUUUGCUCAGCUUUUUCCGUGAUACAGUUGGUUUUGGGCCCAACCGCUAUCACUUUGGGACAAACUAUCAACACAUUAGGUUCCCAGAUGACCCCUACGACCGUAUGUGGCAGAGGUAUGAAAACGUAGACGGCUGGACAGACGUACCCAACAAAUCCAAUGGGGAAAUAAAAAACUCCACAAACGACAACUAUGAUGCACCAUCUGCAGUGAUGCGUAGUGCAUCCACUCCAGUGAAUGACUCAAGGAUGGACUUAUCGUGGAGUUCAGAUUCUUCCAUGAAUGUUGGUGUUGACCCCAAGUUCUUUCUUGUACUCUACUUUGCCGAGUUGGAAGCAGUCCAAGAGUUAAGGCAAUUUGAUGUCUCUGUGGAUAACAACCCAUUAGCUUCUGCAUUCAGCCCAAAAUUCUUGCUGCCUACUGUUCUCUCAGGGAUUGUGCAAGGCUCAAACGAGCAUAGCGUCUCCCUUGUGGCAACAUCAAACUUGGCGCUUCAGCCUUUGAUCAACGCGAUGGAGAUAUACAUGGUGCGGCCAGUGAAUGAAUCUAACUCUUUAGAUGCCAACGCUAUGAUGACCAUCCAGGAGAAGUUCUCUGUGAAAAAAAAUUGGGUGGGUGAUCCAUGUGCCCCUAUAUCUUUUGCAUGGAAUGGCUUGAACUGUAGUUAUACUACCAACAGUCCUCCAAGAAUAACAGCCUUAAACAUGUCAUCCAGUGGAUUGGUUGGUGAAAUUGAUGCUUCUUUUGGUCAGCUAACACUGCUCCAACACUUGUAUGUUCAAAAAAUUGCCAUAUCAGACUUCCCCAGAUAAGAAAGAGCGCAUGUGUUUGUAGCUAGUCCGUGAAUUACGAGUGCUUGCAGAGUAGAACAUGGAUCUAUCUCACAACAGUCUGUCUGGAUCAAUACCUGUUUUUCUUGGUCAAGUGCCAGCACUUCAAUUUCUGGACUUGUCGAGCAACAACCUCAGUGGAUCAAUUCCUUGGAGUCUGCUAGAAAAAACUCAGCGUGGGCUUUUGACUUUAAGGGUCGACAAUAACCCAGGCCUUUGUGGAAAUAAUACAUGCAAUCCGAUUCAGAAAAAGAGGAGGAACAAGACAAAAC